AUGGUAAAAAUCUGCAUUGAAAUCUGCAUCAUAUCCGCCCGCGGCCUCCGGCGCAAAUCCUCUCUCUUGAAGCCUCAGUGGUUCGCUGUCGGCUGGAUCGAUCCCAACAACAAAUACUGCACCAAAAUCGACACGUCGGGCUCUCCGAACCCCACAUGGAAAACCAAGUUCUCAGUGUUGAUUGAUGGAGGAGAUCCCAAACUAAAAGAGUUGUCAUUAACUGUGGAGGUGCAUAGAAGAGAGCCCAUAUUCUUAAGGGAGCAUCUUCAAGGAGUUGCAGUUGUUCCAUUGAAGGAAUUCAUAGCGAAGUUUGUGCGCGAUGACGAAGGCUCGAGAUCGCUGGUCGAGGAAACGGGGAGUUUCCAGUUGAGGAAGAGGAGCUCAGGAAAGCCGAAAGGGUUGGUUGAUGUAUCGAUUUCGAUCUCUGAGGAAAGAGAAGGUCCACAAGAGGGCUUCACAUACUCAGAUCACAAGACUGGAAUCACACUAGCAAUAGAAGAUGGGCCAGUAUACACUUACCCCACACAACCGCAUCCGCCGGCCUUAGGCCAACAUGGGGGCUUCAGCCAACGCAAUUAUCCAUAUACCAACCCUUUAAAUCGCCCGAGUCCAUCAUCAGCAUCAGAUGCGAGCUUAUACGGCCGGCCUCCGACUCCACCGCCGCCACCGCCGCCCUCAUAUACCGGCUUCCUCCCAGCUCCUUUCCCACCAACGGCUCGGUUGCCGGAAAGUUACAUAAAUAUGCCAUCAAGUAGACCUGCAGGUCAAAGCUCUGGGCCCACCGGACCAGGCUUUACUAUGGGCCUCGGCGCUGGAGCAUUGGCUGCAGGUGCUAUGAUAUUUGGCGACGAUUUCUUAUCAGGCCCGAGUUUCCCUGCUGAUCUUGGGGGUGGAAGCCUCACUGUCUCCACUGAUCCUCCAUUCUGAUCUUUUAACUGUAAGAUGCUUCAGAGGAUGAUUUCAAUUGUGGCUUCUCAGUA